AUGAAACAGUUAUCAAUUAAAACGUUCGCUAAACUUAUCAGUAUAAAAUAUGCUGAUCCAGUUGCAGACUUCAUUGAUAAAUGGCAUGCUUUCCGAUACCGGUUAUUUAGAGAAUCUUGUGUAUAUCAUCGAGGUAAUUAUGUAAAGGAUCUUAGUCACUUAGGCAGACCAAUCAACCAAGUUGUUAUUUUGGAUAAUUCACCAGCAUCCUAUAUGUUCCAUGCAAGUCAUGCAGUUCAGAUCUCAUCAUGGUUUGAUGAUGCGAACGAUCGUGUUCUACUUGAUUUGAUUCCUUAUUUCGAAAAACUUGCAACACAACCUAAUGUGGUUGAUUUUCUAAAAAACAAUAUUCCUCCUACGCCUUAUGCUGCUAUCGGUACAAUUGGUCUACCUCCAGGACUUUUUACACACGCAACAUUCCCGGCUACUACUUCUACUGGCAGUGGUAAAUCCCAUGACGCCAGUUCAGUAAUCUCGAAUAUAAGACGUCCAAAUGUUUCUUCUCCACUGCCUGUAUCCAUUGGAGAUAAUCACCCACAAGUUUCGAAAGAAUCAUCUACAACCUUGACUGUAUCAAUAUCUGCUGAGAACAAAACACAAUACCUAACUAUUACGGAUGCUGUUGCUGUAGUUACUAAAUUAGAUCCUACAGAAGUUAGUGGUCCUUCACUGAAUCCUGUGUUGAAAAAUAAUGAAAAAUCAAGUUCUUCAGCUCCUUUACCCUUAACACCUUAUGUCCCUGUCACUUCAUCAUCUUCAAGUGUUUCAACAACAAAAACAAUAACUAACAAUUCUGUUCAAACAGUUGCAUCUGUUUCAAAUGUGUUCACAUCCGAUGAAAUUACACAACCUCAAACCUCUGCAUCUCCAGGAAUUUCAUCUUUGCCCUUAACAAAUAAAUUGGCUCACAUUCCAUCUACAAAAUACUCAGUUCAGAGUUUAUCCAUGGGACAUAAAACUUUAUUAGGUACAUACCAAAAGAAACAAAAUCCUUCAAAUAAACUAUUUGGUACUGUUUCAAAUUGUUUUAAACCUACCCUCAUAUCCAAUCAAUUGAAAAUCAUCAUUCAUCAUCACCAAAUAAAUUAAUUACACCUGUUCUAUUGCCAAAUGUCACAUCUUCUACCUCUUCUGGUUCAUCAACAGUAAAUGUAACACAUUCAUCUACUAGUGAUUUUACUCCAAAAAUUAAUCAUUCUAUUAAGAAUCAAUAAUAUUGUAUUAUUACCACUGUAAUACGUUUUAUUUUUUCGUUAAUCCUUGUGCCAAAAUAUGAAUAUCAAUUUUGUUAUUAAUUUAAUGAUCAUUAUAAUAGUACAUCAGAAUAACUCAAUUGAUAGUUUCAUAUUUUGAAAAUUAUUGUUUUCCCUAUCAAGCAAUUAAUUAAAAAAAGAAGAUAUGGACAAGUGAAUUUAUUAAUGUAUUAUGUGUAAUAACAAUUAUAUAUUGCCAAUUACUUAUUCUUUCUGCUCAAUCAAAAAUACUAAUAGUGUUUCUUCAAAUGUUUCUAGUUCUACUAAGAAUAUUUUAAUUCCUUUAUUGUUUAUACAUGUGAAUUUACACAUCUAUAUUGUAUAUAUAUAUACAAUGUUUUAUGUAUAUAUUCAUGUAUACAUGAGAAAAAACAGUAAAUAUGUUAUCUUUACUCUUAUUUGUACUUCCGUCUAAAUUGAUUUCUUCAUUGAAGAAAAAGCUUCCAUAUAAAUCUAUUUGUUAGUAUAAUGUAGUGAAUAUGUAUAGUUAUUCUUUGCUUGUUUCGUGUUUUAUCCGACAUUUCACUUACAUUAUUGUUCACACCAAUAAAAUAAUUAUUUGAAUAUUUGUUCAAAUCCAUCUUUCGAUAUAUAUAUAUAUAUAU